UAGUGACAAUAAAAAAACAACAAUUAUGAAAUAUUGACAACAUGAUAUUACCGCUGCUUUCCUAAUCAUCAUUUUAAAUUAUAUAUAUAUGGAAAGUUGUUAGGUCCACCAAAAGACUUUAUGCAUAUGAAUGUGUAUACGUGGAAUCCAUGUGGAUCAAAUUCAAAUAACAUUUUUUAUAUGUAUAUGCAUGCAUUUGAAAGGGAAGAGAAGAAGAAGAAUCUUAUAUAAUAUGUUUUAUUCUUCAAGCUUUUUAAUGCUUAAAUUCUUUUUAAUUUUUCAUUGCUAGAAAAUGGAAGGCUUGGGAAAAGAGAGACAUGAUAUGGGAGAAUCAUUUCCUAUGACUGGUGGAAAUGGGUAUUACAGCUACUUCAAGAACUCCGAUGUUCAGAGAACUGCAGUAGAGAUGGCAAAAUCAAUGAUACUAAGAUGGAUUAUUGAACACCUUGACUUAGAAGAAGCUUCUUUCAGCUUGUUCACCAUUGCAGAUUUAGGUUGUGCAUCAGGACCCAACACAUUCAUUGCAGUAGACAACAUUGUACAAGGUGUAAUAAACAAGUACAAAUCCAAAAGCUACUCUAACCUUCCAGAGUUUCAAGUAUAUUUCAACGAUCAUACUGCCAAUGAUUUCAAUACGCUCUUUGCCAAUCUUCCUUCAGACCUAGGAUAUUUUGCAGCUGGAGUUCCAGGGUCUUUCCAUGGCAGAUUGUUUCCAAAAUCAUCCUUAAACUUUGUCUACUCAUCUUCGGCGUUGCAAUGGCUUUCAAGGACGCCAAAAGAGUUAAGUGAGUUGAAUUCUAGUACGUGUAAUAAGGGUAGGAUUCAUUACGCAAAUGCAUCAAAUGAAGUUGGUAAAGCUUAUUCUGCUCAGUAUGCAAAGGACAUGGAAUGUUUUUUAGCUGCUAGAGCUGAAGAGAUUGCUCCUGGUGGAUUAAUGGCUAUGAUUAUUCCAAGUCGUCCUGAUGGAACACUUCCUUCUCAAUGUGCCCUUAGCCAUGUUUUUUCUCUGGUGGAGUCCUCCAUAAUAGAUAUGGUAAAUGAGGGAAUAGUGAGCAAAGAUCAAUUGGACUUGUUCAACUUGCCUUUGUACAGUCCAUCAGAAGAGGAGCUAAGAGCAUUGGUAGAGAAAAAUGGAUACUUCAGCUUUGCAGAAUUUGAAACUCAUGAAUUUUCAAUGCCAUUACCUUCUGCUGAAUUUAUUAGAGCUGCUCUUGAAAACCUUAUCAGGAAUAGUUUUGGAUCUGAGAUUACUGAACAAAUAUUUGAUAGAUACUCUGCAAAAUUUGCUGAGAUUUCCCGAGACACUGCUGCUCAUUGCAGUUCAAUUGGUUUUAUUUUCCUCCUCAAACGUCGCCGUAUUUGAGAUACACUUAUCAUUGGAUUCUGUAUGUUUCAACAUGGUCUUUUUCUUUUUGUUUUAGACAUAAAGAUAAUUGCAUUAUAAGACUGCUAAACACAGUCUGUCUUAGUAAUGAUUUCAAGUUUAUGUAUGUUAACUUCUUGCACUUUUCUUUUUAUUUUAAUAAUAUU